AUGCCCUGCUACGCCAUUGUACUGGGUCAGGAUGGCUGGAGUGUUACAUACACCCCUCAGAGUAUCUGUACCUUGAAGGGGUCAACAGUGGAGAUGUCCUGCUCUUACACAUAUCCCAGUGGUUAUAUCGUCACAUCAACCUUCUGGUUCACUAAAAAUGAUGCUGAGGGGAAUCCUGUUAGUCUGAGUGAUGACGCAGACUACAAAGCUCGUGUGACGUAUCAUAAAGAUAACAAGAAUGACUGCACUCUGAGAAUCACAGACCUGAGAGAGAGUGACUCAGCUACGUACAUGUUCAGAUUUAUAACAGAUCAGACUGGAGGGAGAUUUACUGGCAACCCUGGAGUCACUCUGUCUGUCACAGAUCUGCAGGUGAAGGUGACUCCUUAUUCAGUUGUAUCAGCGUGGAAGACACUGACUUGCACCACCUGUGUUCUGACUGGUAACCCCACCUACAUCUGGUACAAGAACGGACAGAUAGUAACUGACAACACUUCUCCCUAUUCAGUCUACCCUGAUGCUGCAGACAGCUACUCCUGUGCUGUAAAAUCCAAUGAGGAUCUCCACACUCCUGCAGUGUGUGUUCAGGAUCAGAGCUGCAACAGAGUAACUUAUAUUGACAAGAGUAUCUGUGCCUUGAAGGGGUCAUCAGUGGACAUAUCCUGUACUUAUUCCAGUUAUCAUCCGAUCAAAACAACAUUCUGGUUUAGAAGUGAUAAGUCGGUCCCUGAGGACCUAACCAGAGACCCAGAGUAUGCUGGUCGGGCCCUGGAGAACCUUCCCUCCAUCCUGAGAAUCACGGAUCUGAGAGAGAGCGACUCAGCUGAGUAUAAAUUCAGAUUCAACACACAGAUCUCAGGAUGGGGGUACAGCUUCCCUGGAACAACUCUGUCUGUCACAGACCUGCAGGUGAAGGUGACUCCUGCUGCAGAGGGACAGAAGACACUGACCUGUAGCACCACCUGUACUCUGACUGAUAACCCCACCUACAUCUGGUACAGGAACGGACAACGUCUGCAGGUGGCGAUGACUCCUGCCACAGUGACUGAGGGACAGAGAGUGACACUGGACUGUAGGACCGUCUGUACUCUGACUGAUAACCCCAACCCCUCCUACAUCUGGUACAAGUUAGGCCAGCGCCUCACCAACCAAAAUAACAGCCUGAUCCUCAACCCAGUCAGCAGUGAGGAUGCAGGCAGAUACUCCUGUGCUGUAGAAGGCUUUGAGGAUCUCCACUCUCCUGAAGAGACUCUCACUGUCAAAUAUGGCCCAAAGAACACACUGGCAUCAAUCCGUCUCUCUGAUGAAAUAGUGGAGGGCAGUUCAGUGACUCUGACCUGCAUCAGUGAUGCCAACCCACCUGUGGACAAAUACACCUGGUACAAGAAGAUUGGAGCCCACUAUCAGUCUUUCUCCCAUGGAAACACAGAACUACAGCAUGUCUUCAGUCACAUCCAGUCAUCUGACACUGGGGAGUACUACUGUGAAGCCCGGAAUGAGAUGGGGACACACAGGUCUGAGUCUAUCAACAUCGAUGUGAAAUAUGGCCCAAAGAGCACCUUAGUGUCAGUCAGUCCCUCUGGUGACAUAGUGGAGGGCAGUUCAGUGACUCUGACCUGCAGCAGUGAUGCCAACCCACCUGUGCAGAGUUAUGCCUGGUACAAGAAUGGAAGUGCCUAUCAGAGUAUCUUCUAUGGGAACACAGAACCACAGCAGGUUUUCAGCCAAAUCAAGUCAUCUGACUCUAGACAGUACUACUGCUGGGUCUCGAAUGGAAUUAGUACGGACAGGUCUCCAUCUUUAGACAUCGAUGUUAAAUGUGAGUAA